AUGGAUGUGUUCUUGAUGAUCCGCCGCAAGAAAUGCACCAUUUUCACUGAUGCAAAGGAGAGCACUACUCUGGGAGAGGUGAAAAAAAUCAUUGAGGGCAUCUUGAAAGUAGCUCCUGAAAAUCAGCGGCUGUACAAAGAUGAUACUCCAAUGACAGAUGAGAAUAAGACAUUGUCAGACUACGGGUAUACAAGCACAGCUGCCAGGGCUCAGUCUCCUGCUACCAUAGGACUCGUCUUUAAAACAGAAGAUGGUGAAUGGGAACCACUCGAGAUAAAUCCAUUAUCCUGUCCCCCUGAACUCCCAGAUGUCAUGAAACCACAGGAUUCGAACCAGACACACCAGCCAGAAGCCAAUGCAGUGUGA